AUGGCAUCCAAGCCCACUCUCCUCGCACUCUCUGCAGCCAUGAUCGUGGCGGCGGCGUGCCUUCUCGGCGCCGCGGAGGCGAAGCUCGGCAGGCUCUUCGUCACCGGCGUCGUGCCGUGCAGCACCGGCAGCCUCAUCGACAUCGCCACCUCCCCCGCGUUCCCAAACGCGGAGGUGGAGCUGCGGUGCGCGGGGAAGGUGGUGGCGGGCGCGACGACGAACAUCAACGGGUCGUUCACGAUGGAGGCGGACCUGACGAGCGCGCUGGCGGCGUUCAUCGGAAGGUGCUCGCUGGUGGUGGACACCCCGCUCAUCAAGUGCGACGCCCAGCUGCCGCCGGUGGGGAAGCUCGUGUCCUACCUGCAGGGCCCGCUCACCAGGCUGCUCGGCGGUAUCUUCCACCUCUUCCCCGCCGGCUUCUCCUUCCACGGCCGAUGAAACUUGGCAAGUCGAAAGAUCUACAGAGAUCUUGUUAAUUACCUCGUGUCGACCCUUUAAUUUGCAUGGAGAUGAAAUGUACUGUAUGUCUGUAUGAUAAGUUGCAGGAGCUGCAAACUGUUGGUAUAACCGCAUAAGGUUGAAAUGACUGCUAGUUCGCUAA